AUGAUCAACAUAGCUGCUGAUUUGUUGUACAAGAGUGGACAAGGGAACACUGCCGGAAUUUGGGCUUACGGUUACGUUGGUCAUAUGAGAAAUUUCCAACCCAUGUUUUAUGAAUUUGGCACUUCGUGGACGGAAUUCGCACAUAAAGUAAGCGAGAUAAUGACUUUCAAUGGUAACAGAUUAUUUCCAUAUGCAGAGGGGCGAGACUACAAUGUUCAAAUAUUUCGUACAAUCAACACGAACGAUGACCCCAAUGAGGAGGCAAACUGUUUAGUGUUCUUUUCGGCCAUGUAA